GUUCAUUAGUAGGCAGCUUAUGGGAUUGUCAUUGUUGUAGGGCUCUGGUUAUAGGGUUUGUGUUAGCAUGAUUAUGGAAAUGAUCGUCUACUUUAAAUUUGAAUUGUUGUCACCCACGUGGCAUACUAAACCAUGAUGGCAAGUUCAAGCUCGCUCCUCCAAAGCCUACAUUACUUACAGCGUAGCUACAGUGAGAGUCUACAGUCCUCCCAUCAUCACAGAGCCCGUGGCUUUCUUGGGGAACGCUUCCUCAAUCUCUCCUCGCAGUGGAGAGUGUAUAAAUCUGAUGCUCCCUUCAAGAGACGAGUCACUUGUAUCGAGUGGCACCCGACACACACUAAUGCUGUUGCAUUCAGCUCUAAAGCAGGCGACAUUCUACUAUGGAAAUACGAUGAAUUAGGUAACGAUUUUACCUCCGACCCCAACACGUUGAUCAAGGGUAUAGGCUAUGGACAUGGAUCAGUGUCUUCAAUGAAAUUCCACCCCAAAAAUCCAAACUGUAUAUAUACUACCUCUAUUGAUGGAACAUUUCGUUUGCAAGAUUUCACUGGAAAACACUCAAAUGUAUUUUUAGACACACAAAAUUACCAUUUCUGGUGGGUCUCAUUUGACUAUUGCCUCGACUACAAUCUUCUAUUUGUCGGGGGCAACACAGGAAAAGGUGCUUUGCUCAGUACUGAUGGAAAAGUUAUCAAAGAGUUUAAAAAGCUGCACAAGAGCAAGAUCAAACAUGCUCAAUUUUGCCACGCUCAAAGUAGUAUCUUAACCACUUCCUCAGUGGAUCGGACAGUGCAAAUAUGGGACGUUCGAAUGCUGAGAGAAGAUCAGCUAGGUACUUCAGUGAAACCACUAUCUACUCUAAAACACAAUGCUCCUGUAAGCUCCUCUCAUUUUGACCCAUUCUCCGGCACCAGAUUACUCACUACAUCACAAAACGGGGAACUGCGUGUGUACGACUCAUUCAACAUGUGGACAGAGCCUACUGUAACUAUCGAGCAUGCUCACAAACAUUUUCAGCAUCUAACCGAUAUCACAGCCACCUGGCAUCCUCUCUAUGACAACGUAUGUGUUAUCGGGAGAUAUCCACGCACAAGUGCCGAUAAACAAAUCCGAGGGGUGGAUCUAAUCAGUCUGGACUCUGGAAAGAAGGCAGGGCACAUCUACAGUCCACAUGUAACUGGCAUUAUGAGUGUGAACAAGUUUAACCGAACUGGUGAAGUGCUGGCGUCUGGUGAAGGCUGUCGUAUCUUGGUAUGGAAACUACCAUCUGGCUUGGAAUUUAAGAGGCAGGUCAACGGAUCAGACUCUACCUCUGUGCCUGGUCUAUCUGGAGAGGCAAGUACCGGAGCUAGAAGAAAAAGAAAGCGGGAGCCAAGUAAGGACAACACGGCCGUGAAGAAACUGAAGCAGAAGAUGGCUUGUGAAGCAGUGACUGUUACAACCAUAAGGAAACGGAAGAAAUAACUGCAUAGUAUAAUUAUGUACUUUGUCUUUGUAUUCAACUCUGUACGUAUUCAUCAUCCUGUUCACAUCACAUCAUUAUUCCUUCCACAUAAUUAUAUAAUUAUGUAGACUCUAUGUGAA